GAGGCAACAUCUCGCGGUUGCGGUCGGACACUGGUGCGUCGCGCGCGCUGAGUAUACGCAGCAUUUCCAGCAUACCUGUUUUUGAGUGUAUCCUUGUGUUCGUGGCGUGACACUGCGAUGUGGAUUUACAAGCUCAUUUUCGGACUCUUUGUCAUUUAUUAUUCUGAGGGCAGACGAAAUGCACUCCAGGACUAUCAGAAAACCGAGGGUAUCCGACUGGUGGUCACGUCUCCCGAUUCGUCCCUCUUGACCAAAGGCAGGAAGCUGAACAUGACCAAAUGUGCCAAAUCCUGCAGCCGCAACAAGAGACUCCCCUUCAGCUGCAGAGCGUUCCUCUAUGAUCAUAAAAACAGGAAAUGCCAGUGGCUGUCGUUUGACAGGAACUCACCAGGAGCGCAGAUCCAACAGGACUUCAACUACCAACUCUAUGAAAAGAAAGACUAUAUCAGGGAGUGCGUUGUGGGUACAGGUCAGAGCUACAGGGGUCGGAGGUCAGUGACCGUGAGUGGGAUCCCGUGCCAGGCCUGGGCCUCUCCUAUUCCUCACGAACACAAAUUCAUGUCUAAGAGGUUCAGGAAAAGGGACCUCAGAAAAAACUACUGCCGCAACCCAGACAACUCCACCGUUGGACCGUGGUGUUUUACCACUGACCCGCGACCUCACUACAGACACCAGGAGUGUGGCAUUCCCCAGUGUUCGGAGGUGGAGUGUAUGAACUGUAAUGGGGAAGACUAUAGAGGACCCAUGGACCACACAGAGAGUGGGAAGGAAUGCCAACGCUGGGACCUGGAUGAACCUCACAAACACCUGUACCACCCUAAGAGGUACCCUGACAAAGGCCUGGAUGAUAACUACUGCAGGAAUCCAGAUGGACGCCACAGACCCUGGUGCUUUACCACGGACCCAAACACACCCUGGGAGUACUGCAGCAUCAAAGUUUGUGAAACACCAUCCAAAAGUAAUGUGGUUGAAACUACUGAGUGCUACCAGGGCAGAGGGGAGGGUUAUAGAGGGACAGUGGACAUGACGCCCACCGGACUCACCUGCCAACGUUGGGACUCUCAGUAUCCUCACAACCACACAUUCUCUCCUCAAGCCUAUGCCUGCAAGGACUUGAGAGAAAACUACUGUCGCAAUCCAGAUGGCCAAGAAUCCCCCUGGUGCUUCACUAUGGACCCAAGAGUCCCCAUAAUGUUCUGUACCAGCAUCCCUCAGUGCGGUGCCCAAACCAACACUGUCAGUGAGUGCUAUCAAGGCUUUGGGGAGAACUACCAAGGAGAGCAGUCACGGACUCGAUCAAAGCUCCCUUGUUCUCCCUGGACAGACCACAGCAACAGUGGUGAGAGGGGCAUGCUGAUGCCUGGCCUAGAGGGAAGCUACUGCAGAAACCCUGAUAAAGACAAACAUGGCCCUUGGUGCUAUACCAACAACUCUGCCAUACCCUGGGACUACUGCACUGUCAAACCAUGUAAGAGUGAUGCUUCACAGAACAACAUUCCACUGGGUGAGCUGUCCUCUGUGGGCUGUUUUGUUCACAAAGGUCCCAGGAUAGUGGGAGGAGGUCCAGUGAGCAUAUCAGAGGGCAGCUGGAUGGUCAGCAUACAGAAAGGGUCAGUGCACUGGUGUGGAGGUUCACUAAUACGAGAGGGAUGGGUUCUAACUGACAGACAGUGUUUCUCCUCCUGCGUUCCGGACCUCAGCGAGUAUCGAGUGUGGCUCGGAGUCUCUGAUAUGCGAGAGGGAACUCUCGAGUGGUCCAACAGACAGGAAGUCAGCAUCGCUCAUGUGAUAUGUGGCCCUGAGGGCUCGAGUUUAGCCCUCAUAAGGCUGUCUAAGCCGGCACUUCCUGCAGACAAUGUCCAUACGAUUCAGCUGCCUCUGGCCGGUUGCUCCAUCCCAGAAGGAACUAUAUGUAAAAUGUACGGAUGGGGUGAAACCAAAGGCACCGGCCACGAUGACGUGCUGAAGGCGGUCAACCUGCCCAUCGUCUCUAACGAGAAGUGCAGACAAAUGCACAGAGGGAACUUCCACAUCACCAACACCAAGAUAUGUGCAGGAGGCAAGAGGAAUGAGGGAGUGUGUGAGAGGGAUUACGGCGGCCCCCUCGUGUGUCAGGACGGCGAGAUCAGGGUCAUCGUUGGCGUGAGCGUCCACGGCAGAAGCUGCGCUCGGGCCAACCAGCCCGGCAUCUUCAUCAACGUCCCCUUCUACACGCAGUGGAUCUACAAGGUCUUCAGAUAUUACCCCAACCUGCAGAGCGUUUAACCGUCGCCUCAGCAGAGAACAGAAACGGACAAACUCGCGCCUCCUUCAGUCAGCCCCAGUGGUGCACUCAGGACAGUUUAUCACCCAUUAAGAAACUGAUCAAAGGAUAGAUGCAUGCAAGUGGAUGUCGCGUAGCUUACCGCGUGGGAUUAAGAAAAGGUGAUGCUGUUCCCCAUUUUAGAAUUGGUGAAUUUAAAAACAAGUGGGAGCCAAAACGUUUGGUUUUCAUGCAUUUUUUUUUCCUUCACCGUUUUCUUUCAAAUUCACCCCCGAGUGGUAUGUGUGCAUGGAUACUCCUUGAUUCCUGGCAUUACUUGAAAUGUUUUCAAACACCAAAAGUGCAGUGUGGUUCAGCAGCUCCCUCUGAUGAGUACAUCAAUGGGCCACUUUUAGAAAACCAUCCAAUGGUAGGGCAACGUGAAGGGCACUCCCAGCGAGCUCCACGCACCUGCGAGGGGCUUCGAUAAAGUGGCUCUUACUGUACAUAGUAUUUUAAUGAGUGUAUUUGUGACACUCUAAAGGUGAUUUGGGUCUUAUAGAUCUACGGCGAGAGGAAAAAUGAAUGUCGUCAGGCCGAGAAAUGAUGUACAGCGUGUUAUCUGCAUUUCAGCCUCCAUAUUGUCAGCUGUGUGAUACGGUAUAAACUCAAUUUUCAGUAUUGUAAUGUUAUCAAUAUACCACUGACUGUAUAUUUAAGGAUGCAUCCCGUGUAGAUAAAGGAAUGUAAGGCUAGUCAAGCCUAUAUACAAAUAAAGGUGAACAUGUAACGUUGUUGUGUUCAAUGUGUUUGCUCAAACCUGUUUUCAUUCUUCAUGGGUGUGUGUGUGUGAGCCAGAGCUGAGUGAAUUACACACACACACACACACUCAGGCCUUGGCAGAUCUCCAACUCCAAUCCACUCUGGAUAUUAGCGUCACACAAAGUGUGUCACUUUAAAGUUUGCUGUGGAAAAGAAGGGGAGGGUCACUGUGACUGCGUUGUCUCUAAUAGAUGCUCCGCUGAGACGACAGAAAAGGGCCCGGGAAUCAAAUUAACACGCCUCUGUUACCAGUGUAAAUAUGGAGCCAUAAACACAUUAUGUCUGUGUAAGAAUGAGCUUUGUUACGCUGCUGUACAGUGUCAUUGUGUACAUUCACUUUCACAGCACAAUCCGCUCCAAGUAAACACCUAUGCUAAAUGUAUUUGAAAUGCAUUAUGUGACUAUAUUAAAGGUCUUGUUUUUAAAUUC